AUGUUUAGGGAUGAUAAUUUUAUUGUUAAACUUACAUAUUUGGUUGACAUUUUAGAAAAAUUGAGUGUUCUUAAUAAAUCAAUGCAAGGACCGCAAAUUCAUUUGCUUAUACAAAAAGACAAAGUGAAAGCAUUUAUUAAAAAAGUGGAGCUAUGGAAAUCAAAUUUGCUAAAAAAUAAGAUUGACAUGUUUCCACGUUUAAAUUUAUGCGCCCGAGAUAACAUAGAAGCAAACAAAAAUCUCUUUGUGGAACACUUGAAUGGUUUGUUGCUUCAAUUUUCGAAUUAUUUUGGUGAUCUUGAUUUUACAAAGUUUGCGUGGAUACAGAAUCCAUUUAUCGACGAAGAAGAUGAUGAAUUUGGAUUGACAAGUAUUGAAAAAGAAAAAUUGUUAGAAUUAUCUUGUGAUACUACAUUAAAACAUAAAUUUCAGACUGUAUCUCUGGUUCAAUUCUGGUUGAAUCUUCAUACAGAAUAUAACACUUUGUCAAACAAAGCUUUGAAAGUACUGCUGCCGUUCGCAACAUCAUAUUUAUGUGAAACGGGAUUUUCUGCCUUGGCUGCAAUGAAAUCCAAAUAUCGAGCUCGUUUAGUUGUAGAAAAAGAGCUACGAGUAGCUAUAUCGUCACAAACACCAAGAUUUGAUAAACUUUGUGCUAAUAGACAAGCACAUCCAUCUCAUUAA